AUGAACCAAUCGCCAUUAUACGCAUGGGCUGCCGUUUCCCAGGUGAAGCCAGCUCCCCCUCCAAACUCUGGGACCUCCUCCACAACCCGCGCGAUGUCGCCCGUGACAUCCCCAUUCAACCUCGACCGCUUCUACCACCCAACCGGCAGCCAUCACGGUACCACCAACAUCCGCCAGGCCUACCUCCUUUCCGAAGACGUGCGCGCGUUCGAUGCAAAAUUCUUCUCCGUCCCCCCAGGUGACGCAGAGGCCAUCGACCCGCAGCAGCGCCUGCUCCUCGAAGUCACUUACGAGGCCCUCGAAUCCUCAGGCCAUACGCUGGCCGACCUGUCCAACUCGAAUACGGGAGCCUUCGUCGGCCUCAUGUCCCAGGACUACUUCGCGCUUAAUGGCCAGGAUGUGGACUCCGUCCCCACUUACGCUGCGUCUGGUACGGCGGCGAGUAAUGCUUCCAGCCGACUCUCUUACUUUUUCAACUGGCAUGGCCCGUCCAUGGCAAUAGAUACCGCCUGCUCAUCUAAUCUCGUCGCUGUGAAUGAGGCAGUCCAAGCCCUUCGAAACGGCACGAGCCGCGUCGCUGUAGCUUGUGGGACAAACUUGUGUUUGUCGGCGUUCACGUUUAUCACAUUAAGUAAGCUCAGUAUGUUGUCACCGACCUCUCGAUGUCACAUGUGGGACGCCGACGCAGAUGGCUACGCCCGAGGUGAAGGUGUUGCUUGCGUUGUUUUGAAAACCCUCAGCGAUGCGAUUUCAGACAGGGACCCUAUCGAAGCCGUGACUCGGGAAGUGGGCGUGAAUCACGAUGGCAGGACGAAGGGGUUGACAAUGCCAAGUGCUAAGGCCCAGGCGGCGCUAAUUCGAAACACUUAUGCCCGCGCUGGGCUGGAUCCAACGAAGGAGGCUGAUCGGUGUCAGUAUUUCGAAGCGCAUGGCACGGGAACGAAAGCUGGAGCGUUUUUUCCACAGUCUGACUCCGAAGGCGAACUCUUCGUCGGGUCUAUCAAAGCCGUGAUCGGCCACACCGAAGGCACAGCGGGACUGGCAGGUCUUAUGAAGGCUUGUCUUGCUCUUCGCAAUGCAACCUUCCCCCCCAAUUUACUCUUUAAUAAAUUAAACCCUGACCUUGAACUGUUCACAAGUCAUCUCCGUGUUCCCACGGCCAACCAACCUUGGCCUGAAUUUGUCAACAGCUUUGGCCUUGGAGGUACCAACGCUCACUGCAUUCUUGAAACAUACAAUCCACCAACAGCCAGUGACCCAGUCAUUGAAAUAGACAUGGCCGCAUCAGGAACAUGCUGUAUUCCAUCUGUAUUCUCUGCAGCAUCUGAUAGAUCAUUGGCGACACUCUUGCAGUCGACACUAAAAUUCAUGGACGAGAAUACCGACGUUAACAUGAGUGGACUGGCAUAUAACUUGAGCACCAAGCGAUCUGCCCUGCAGCGAAGACUUGCAGUCUCCGCUACAUCGAUCGACGAACUUCGCGACAAGAUCAAGUCCACGAUAGAAGCCGCGUCAGAGAAUGACGCCACUUUGCACUCCACUUCUGCUUUACCCGAACCUGCUUCAUUGCUUGGGAUUUUCACCGGCCAGGGCGCUCAGUGGCAAGGCAUGGGGUCCCAGCUGAUAUCGUCGAUCCCCACUACCCCCGUCGGUAAAGCCUCUCUUUCGCAGCCUCUCUGCACGGCUGUCCAAGUUAUCCUGGUUGACAUGCUCCGCGCUGCGGGAGUCAAGUUCCAGGCCGUUGUUGGACAUUCCUCUGGAGAGAUUGCUGCUGCCUAUGCGGCAGGCUUUAUAUCUGCAUGGGACGCUAUCCGCAUUGCGGACUACCGGGGAUUCUACGCUGAAAUGGCGGCAGCGCCUGGUGGGGAAAAGGGCGCAAUGCUGGCUGCCGGCACCUCCUUUGAGGAUGCUAGCGACCUUUGCCAGCUUGAUGACUUUGCCGGGAGGAUCUGCGUGGCUGCUCAUAACUCUCCUAGCAGCGUGACUCUGUCGGGUGAUAUCGACGCUAUAGCCUUGGCACGGAGGGUGCUUGAAGAAGAGGAGAAAUUUGCCCGGCGAUUAAAGGUCGACACGGCAUAUCACUCGACACACAUGCAUAAAUGCUCUGUACCUUACCUUACGGCAUUGAGAAACUGCAACAUACAAGUGCAGCAGCCCGGGCCCGAUGCACCGCAGUGGUUUAGUAGUGUCCGAAACGGUCAGGUCAUCAGCAGCAUGGAAAGCUUGGACAGUCAAUACUGGGUCGAUAACAUGGUACAGCCCGAGCUAUUCUGCCCAGCUGUCCAAACAUGCUUGAAGUAUGUGGACAAAGCCAUCAACUGCGUUGUAGAGGUGGGACCGCAUCCUGCUUUGCAGGGACCUGCGAAGGAUUCUAUUCUUGCCGCUGUGGAUCGGGAGAUCCCAUAUACUGGCACCUUGAACCGUGGAAAGAGCAGUACGGUGGCAUUUUCCGACGCCCUUAGAUUCCUUUGGUGUCUGUUUGGCUCUGCUGCUGUGACGCUCGGAGCGUUCCAGCAAACAAAUUACCCGGAUACUCCGACUACAAUGACCCGCGGUCUUCCAACAUACCCAUGGACUCAUGACAGGGGGUACUUUGCCGAAUCAAGACUCAUCAAGACCUUUCACAACCACCCGUUGCCCUUCCAUGACUUACUAGGAAUCCAGACGGCAGAUGGAGCAAGGGAGGAAUGGGGACCAGUGAAAUCGAUCGAUCUCUUCGAUCUUGAAAUCCACAAAGCUAUCGCCAGCCAUGACUCCACAGGCACCGAGCUCCUUACAUCCAUGACCAAGGUGUCUGCCCUCGACACCGAGUGGGAAGAAAUCACCGCUGACUUCUCAGCCUACUCCACUAUAAGCAAAGACGCUGCCAACCUUGGGCUGAACUGCUGCGGUCGUGUGCGUGUGCUUCUAGGAGAGGGCGAGGACUCGCCUUCCCACUUCUCACCUAGACUUCCCCCACUCGGAAAACUGACCGCAGUAGACGUGGAUAGCUUCUACAAGAUCCUGCGCGAUGACUUCGGAUUCGGAUACGAGGGCCCCUUCCGCGCGCUCACGAAUAUGUCCCGCAAAACCGGCUUCGCAACAGGCACAGUUCGGUGCGAGAGGUUCGACGACUCUGAAACGUCUCUGCUCUUCCAUCCCGGUAUGCUGGAUAGUGCCUUGCAGGGUCUGAACGCUGCCCAUAGCGCCCCAGGAGAUGACCGGCUCUGGACGAUCAUCGACUGCAAUAUCACUGAUCCUCGCGAUACGCACAUCACUGGAGAUGUGGAGGUCUUCUCGGAGGGUUUCAGGGAGAAGAUUAUCGAGGUUGAGGGGCUCACCUUCUCCCCGUUUGCGAGCGCAACUGUUGAGAACGACCGGUGUGUCUUCCAGGAGUCGUUUCUGUGCCAUGCUAAGCCGAACGCGGACGUUAUCUUUGGUGAUAGACAGGCAACCCCCGAGGAGAGCAGGAAGGCCCUCUUCGCUGAGCGCGCGGCUCCGGAGCAGCGCGAGGCCCUUCCAUGGUAUCGGCAGGCUUUGCUGAAGAACGCUGAGCUGUUAUUACACCUUGUCAAUGACGGGAAACAUCCGUUUGCCCCGCAGAAUUGGGUGAGUGAUACCAGAGAGGAUAUAUUCAAGAUGAUGGACAGCUAUCCCACGACAGACGCCGAUUUCAACCUGACCAAGGCCGUCGGCGAACAUCUUCUUCUGCCUUCGGUGCUGAAUGGAGAUACAAGCAUCCUACAAUACAUGACCAAGGAUAACUACCUUGAGCGGUACUACGUAGAUGCCAUUGGAUUCCAGCUGCUUAACUUCUUGAUUGCCGGGGUGAUGGAACCGCUUUGCUUGAAGUCUCCCCGAAUGAACUUCCUUGAAGUCGGAGCCGGAACUGGAGGCGCGACCAAGGCGAUCCUGGAGAAGAUCGGUUACUCCUAUGCGUCUUAUACAUAUACCGACAUUUCCAGUGCCUUCUUUGACCAUGAUGCGGGCCACUUUCAAUCCCACGCCAGCAAGAUGAUUUUCAAGGCCUUGGAUAUCACAAAGGACCCCGCCGGACAAGGCUUCAUCCCGCAGAGCUAUGAUGUUAUCGUUGCCUCCAAUGUUUUGCACGCGACCGAGUCAUUGAGAUCCGCCCUUGAACAUACACGAAGGCUCUUGCGUCCUGGUGGUUAUCUUGUGAUGGUUGAGAUCAUCCGCAACGACGUAAUGCGCCAUGGUCUCGUCAUGGGCGGCCUUCCAGGCUGGUGGGUCGGUGAGAACGAUGGCCGUUACGGAGGCCCGAGUAUUACUCUUGAUCAAUGGCAUAAAAUGCUUCGAGAGACCGGCUUUAGUGGUAUCGAGACUAAUUCGCCCAUGAGGGACCCAGUCGGCGUGCCCGGAUCGAUUAUCGUUUCUCGGGCUGAAACUGAUCUCGUCACCCAGUUGACCAGGCCUCUUAGCUCAAAGUUUAGUACAGCAACAGACAAAACUCCAUUACUCAUUAUAGGUGGUAUCAGUCCAUUUGUAUCGCCGUUCAGGGACCAGAUCUGUCUCACCCUGAGGCGGCAUUUCGGAGACAUCAUUAAAGUUGAGCAGUUCGCGGAUCUGCCACCGCUUCCUGAGUGCUACCAUGUCCUCAGUCUCACAGAGUGCGACGCAAACUUGUUCGAGGACAUGGAGGAGUCUGUCUUCUUGAAUCUGAAGACAGUGUUAGGCUCUGCACUGAGUGUACUCUGGUUGCUCCGGGAUCGUCGAUCAAGUAAUCCCCAUGCCGGAACUACGCUUGGUCUUUUCAGAACACUUUUUUACGAAGUUCCCGGGACUUUGUUGCAGACUCUGGAUAUUGACGUCGUCAAUAUGGACGACUGCUCAGUCAUUGCAGAAUCAAUGUGCCAGCUUAGGUUCCAGUCGGACAUGGCGAGACGUGGUGAGACGGAUGAGAUCCGCUGGGAGUUUGAACCGGAGCUUGUUCUCAAGGACGGCGAGCUUUAUGUCCCAAGAGUUCGUCCGCAUGAUGGGCAGAAUAAUCGAUACAACUCCUCCAAGAGAUUAAUUACUCACAAUGUGGACGUGCACACGACUCCUUUGGCUCUAGAUCUGGUCGACGGCUCGUACAUGGUAAGAGAGCAGCACACCAUAGAGAAGGACUCACCCGAAGUGGCUACAGUCAAUGUCUCCUGUUCAUUCUUGUCGUCAAUAAAGACUCCCGUGGGAUAUGUAUUCGUUAGCCUCGGAGAAAAUGUCAAGACUGGCGAAAAGACACUUUGCUUCACCAACCAUAACGGGUCCAUCGUCAAGGUCCACAAAUCCUGGACAAUAUCCCUUGGCGAGGUUGAGCCAGAUCCAGUUGCAGCAUCUCUGCUGUCUUGGCAUUUGAACGGGCUUGGCAGGAAGGCUCUUUUCAUGACUUUGAGUCCGGAAAUGUGCGGCCGAAACUGGGUGUACCUUCAUCCUAACAGCACCAUGAGAGCCAUCGCUGCUAACUUACCAGCCGACGUCACCCUGUACGUCGACGCCUCUGGAGCCGGCGAAUCUCCUUCCCAAAGUCUCGGAUCCAAGAUUGCGACCUCCCUAUCAUCAGUCUGUAACAAGGUUAAGAUGUCUAGCCUGACUGCAUCAGAAGCAUCCUUUCUUCCGCACGAUGCCCCUAAAACCAUCACAGAUCUAUUCCGUCACGUUGCUUCCUUCGCUUCCUCCUUGGUAUCCACUCAAGCAACUCCAGAGGGUGCACCACUCGAUAUCUUACCGCUCAAACGGGAUCAAUAUGUUCCGGUCUCUGUUGAGCCGGUUACGCAACGUGGUGAUCUGUUCCGUCCUGAUCGCACCUACUGGCUAGCUGGUCUGACCGGAGACACUGGACGAUCACUGGCGGACUUCAUGAUUGCCCACAAUGCUCGCAAUAUUGUGCUAAGCAGCCGUACGCCCACCGUCUACGAGGACUGGGUAGAGUGGCACAAGUCAAGAGGUGUUUCAGUGAGGUAUUUCGGAGGGGAUAUCACCAGCUUUCAGUCCGUGAAACAGAUCCAUGACGCUAUCAAGGAGUCCAUGCCGCCCAUUGGCGGCGUUGCAAAUGGCGCCAUGGUGCUGCGAGACAGUUCCUUCAUGAAAGUGAGCUUUGACGAUUUCCAAGCGGUCUUAGGUCCCAAAGUUAAAGGCACAAUCAAUAUUGACCGGCUCUUCUCCGAUCCCAACCAACUGCUCGACUGGUUCAUUGGGUUCAGUUCAGUUGCCGGCACUGUCGGCAACCCAGGACAAUCGGGGUACACAGCUGGAAGUUGUUUCAUCAAGGCACUUGUCGACCGGCGGCGUAAGCAAGGCCUGGCUGGAUCAGUCAUUGACAUCACUCGAUUGGUGGGGUUGGGCUUCAUCGAGCGUGAAGGCGAUGGCCGUCUGACAAAGGAGCACCAAGAGCGUCUAACCACGCGGUCGGGGACCAUUGCGAUGAGUGAGAAUGACCUGCACCAGUUGUUUGCGGAGGCGAUCUUGGCUGGGCGACCGGAUCUCGAUCUUAACCCGGAGAUUAUUACAGGUCUGGCGCCCAUCACUGUUGAGCAGUCCAAGGAUACAUACUGGAAGACCAAUCCGAGGUUGUCGCUGUUGAUCAGAGAGGCAGGACAGGGUGAUUUAAAAGGCAGAGACGGGGGCAACGCGGCUCCUCUGAGACAAUUGUUAGGAGACACAAAGACAAUGCAAAACGUUGCGAAUGUGCUUUCAGGUGCCCUCAAAGGAAAGCUGCAAGCGUUGAAAUUCCUGUCGGACUCUGACAGCUUGUACGACACUACGCCUCUGGUGGACAUGGGUGUCGACAGCCUGGUAGCUGUGGAAGUAAGGUCUUGGUUCUUGAAGGAGCUCACAGUUGACGUGCCACUCAUGAAGAUUCUGGGCGGCGCCUCCAUCACGGAUUUGGUAGAGGUUGUCGUGCAGAAGGUUCCCCGGGAGCUAUUGAGUCGGCUUGAUCCCGAAGGGCGGCGUCAGGACAGCAAUGGCGAUGUUCCUGCUACUGUGGGUGACAAUGACUCUGUUGAAACAGUGGGAUCAAAGAUGAAUGGCAUUAACAGCGCUCAUGAAAAUGGUUCUAGUGGUGUCAAUGGUAUCAGUGGUACUUAUACACCUGAUAUGGAUAGCACUACAGACCUUAAUGGUACUAAUGGGGCUGCAGUUAUCAAGGAAAUGUUAGGGCAUAAAGCCAUAAAGGGUGUUGUUCCAAUCCUUCUCAAUGCACAGGAGGUUGCCUAA